CAGGAAGUAUUUUGGUUACCCAAGGCGGAAGCGUAUAUUUUACUGAACCUGAAAGUGUUUUCAAGAAAGAACAUUGUUUACUGGGACCAACACGGUUACAACUCACUAUUCACAGGGAGGAUUGGAUGUGUUUACGUUGUUGGUAGAAUAGGUGACCCAACCGCUGCCCGAUCCGAUCUGGUUCUUCCCACCGCGAGUUUUGGCCUCUGACCCCGCUCACACUCAGUGCUUCCAGACUCAGCGUUAACCUGUAGUUUCAGCCCAUCAUCCCAUAACUGCCCCUUUCUCUGUCAAUGGCUGGGCGUGGUGGAGGAUCGACCAGGCCAAAUGGUGCUGCCGCAGCAAGCAAAAUCUGCCAAUUCAAACUGGUGCUGCUCGGGGAGUCAGCCGUGGGCAAGUCCAGCUUAGUGCUGCGCUUCGUCAAAGGCCAGUUUCAUGAAUUCCAGGAAAGCACCAUUGGAGCCGCCUUCCUCACUCAGACCGUCUGUCUGGACGACACCACUGUGAAGUUUGAGAUCUGGGACACAGCCGGUCAGGAGCGCUACCACAGUCUGGCUCCAAUGUAUUACAGAGGCGCGCAGGCAGCCAUCGUGGUCUACGACAUCACCAACACAGAUACAUUUACAAGAGCAAAGAACUGGGUGAAGGAGCUGCAGAGACAAGCCAGCCCCAACAUAGUGAUCGCUCUGGCUGGAAACAAGGCCGACAUUGCAAACAAGAGAGCCGUAGACCUUCAGGAGGCUCAAACAUACGCUGAGGACAACAGUCUGCUGUUCAUGGAGACCUCGGCUAAGACUGCCAUGAACGUCAAUGAAAUUUUCAUGGCUAUUGCAAAGAAGCUCCCGAAGAGCGACCCCCAGGGAGCUGGAGCGGGGGGGCGGACCAGGACAGGAGUGGAUCUACAGGAGGCUGCGCCUCAGAGCCGCAGCAGCCAGUGCUGCGGGGGGGGCAACAGUGGCAAUUAGCAAGGAGAAAACCAUGAACUUAGUGAGCGAGCACUGAACAUCGUUUUAAGGACAGCACGUAGCUAAAAUCCCAGAGAGGCAGGAGAGGGCAGAGCCACUCGCCGCCCUGCACUUAAACUGAGAUUACAGAUGAGAUUAUCUGGAUCCUCUUUGAUUAAAGGAACAUUUUUUUUAAAGAAUCAUAAGCUAGAGGGAAUUACCAAGACCCCUCACUACUUCUCUGUCUCUCCCCCGUGUUACUAUCUACCUCCCUGUUCCUCUUCGGCCUCCCCCUCCUUUGAUUGAAUUCUGUCUUAAAAUAUUAUUAUUUUUGAAGAGUGAUGCUGAGGUUGUUUGCCAUUUUCUGUGUGUGUGUGUGUGUGUGUGUGUGUGUGUGUGUGUGUGUGUGUGUGUGUGUGUGUGUGUGUGUGUGUGUGUGUGUGUGUGUGUGUCAUGUAUAUUGGCAGUUUACUUUUCUAAUCAUCCCUCUAUAUUGAUCAUUACAAUUAAAGAUAAAAAUACCCACCUACUAAUGCGGAAAUAUGCAUACGACAGAGCAAUUAAUCUUUUAAGGUUUUUGUCUUAUUGCAAUUUAGAGAACAGCAUUCUGUUCUUCCUAGGGACCUGGACAUGACUCAGUUAUAAGGAAAGCUCUAGACUUUGCUUCUCGAAGCAGGUUGUGAUUUAAUAGGCUACACUUCUGAAGAUGUUUCUGAACUGUGCAACAAAUGCAGUUGUUUGCAUUCAUUGUGUUUGGAUACCUGUAACACCCAAGAGUUGUUAGCCUUUUUUAAAAGAAAUGUAAAAAUAACGUGUAAAUCAAAAAAAAAAGUAAUAAAUAACAUGGAAGAUUU